AUGACAUGGGAGGAAGGAUUCAAAAGAGCAAAGCAAAAUUUAAAGGAGGAGUUCGACCUAGCUGAAGCAUACUCCUUGGGGAAGGUCAUCAUCAAUGGCAAUAAGAAAAAUUCCAAGUUGGCCUCCCAGUACCUAGGGAAAUGGUGGAAAAGGAUCGUAAUAGCAGUAUACGAGCUCAAUAAGGAUAACGAAGCAGACCUAGAAAAGCUCAGCCCGACAACUUACUACCACAUAAGUCGCAAGGAAAUGAA